UGUCCUUGUCUCACUAGAAUUCCUGACUGAAGAGUAACAGUGCAGUGUCAGAGGAGCCAGAACUGUAUUUUGUAAAUCAGUACAUGUCUAAUGUUAAUAAUUAAAAAGAAGUCAGAAAAGCCAGAAGUGCAAUGCAUACAUAUGAAUGUGUUUAUGUAGCCUGUAGGAAACUUGCUGCAGCAACUGGCCAAGUGAGAUAAAAGUCCAUGGAAGUUUCUCAGGACUUAUUAAAUAGCAGAGCUACCUAUCAGUAGAUAUAUCCCCCUGUUUAUCUGGUAAUAUGUGAAUGUACAUGCCUUCAGAAGAGAAUAGUUCUUAAGAUAAAGGGCAACAUCAGAAACUGAAAGAAUGAGAAAUGAAAGAAAAGUCUGAAUAAAGGUUUGAGAGGUUGAAUCACAUCAGGAGAGAGACUUGUUAUUGAACAGCGUCUCACAAUGUGGUGGUUUCAGGAGGGUCUGUGUGCACUGCCAGCAGCUUUGGUUGUAUGGACGUCUGCUUCCUUCAUCUUCCCCUUCAUCAUUGCAGUAUUACUGAAGCAUGUCGACCCAUUGGUACCCUACAUCAGUGACACAGGAACGGUAACUCCAGAAAAAUGCUUGUUUGGAAUCAUGCUAAAUUUAUCGAGUUUAUUAGGAGUUGCUACAAUGUAUGUACGCUAUAAACAUGUAGAAGCUCUGAACACAGAAGAAUCAAAUGUCAUUCGGUGGAAUAAAGCAGGUUUAGGACUUGGCUUGAUCAGCUGCUUUGGACUUCUAGUUGUGGCCAAUUUCCAGAAAACUGAUAUGAUCCAUAUGCACAUCCUUGGAGCAGUGCUAACCUUUGGAAUUGGAGGACUAUACAUUCUGCUCCAAACUAUUAUGUCAUACAAGAUGCAGACUCCGGUUCAUGGGAAACGCAUUUUCUGGAUAAGGCUUUUAGUGGUCAUCUGGUGCUUUGUCAGCAUGUUGCUCAUGUUUGUAACCUCAUUAAUUCUGCACUUCAUAUUCAAGGGAUCUACUAUGGCAAAAAAAUUACACUGGGACCCCCAUGAAAAUGGUUACACUUCUCACGUAAUCAGUACGGUGUCGGAAUGGUCUCUUGCCUUCUCUUUUGUGAGUUUCUUUCUGACUUACAUUCGGGAUUUCAAGAAUAUUAAACUGCGUGUGCUAGCCAUUCUGAAUCAUGACCACCUGGAAGGACCUUUGCAUAAUGCUGCGAAUGAAGAAAGAACACCACUCCUAGCUGGUGCCUUAUGAUGAUUUAGACUGACAGCAGACUGACCCUUAAGGGCUACCAGUGUACUAAACCAAUGCCUUAGGGUUACAGGACUCUUUUCUAAGGCAGCUGUGGAUCCUAAGACCAAACUGUCCAGAAAUAAAUGAAGUUUACAAUGGAAAAAAAUGCACAUUUUAAUUUCUGAAAUAAAAAUCCUUCAGAGGCAUA